AUGAUACGUAAGAAAUUUAAAUACAUCCAUUUGAGAAGUCAACCGUCGUCGUCGUCGUCUUCGUUUCGUGCCGGCGCAUGUGAUAAUUGCAAGUACGAUUACUAUUAUCGAUACUUUAAGUCAUUUCAAUGAUCUGAACGCCAAAUGAGACCUCAAAGUGGAAUAUCUAAUACUAUGAACCGUUCGUCGCUGACUGCGGUCUGCCUGUGGCUGUGCAUCGAAUGGUGCUGCGGCUCUCCUGCGGCGGGCCUGCUUCCACCUCACCGGCGGCCGGCCUUAGUCGACCCGCACCCAAUAGUGGCCACGCUGCAUCCCGGCAGAAGUCGCGGGUUCACUGCGCAGCAGCAAAAGAAGUCGUCGGCAGCGAGGACCACGGUGUCGGUGGCUCCAGAGGACAGUGGACAGCCAGCGGAUCAAGACACAGCGGAUACUGUCGGCUUCAAUUUCGGCCUGGGCUUCGGGCUGGACACGCCGCUCAUUGAUUCGCUGCUUGAAAGGCUGCUGAGGCGUAAACAGCUCCUGAUGGCAGCGGCCGCGGCCGCUUAUCCGGGCGCUGGAGGUUGGGGCGUAGCCGCCGGCGGCGGUGGAGGUUACUUUCCAGGACCAGCGGUCGUAUUCCCGUAUGCCGGCGGCGGUGGUGGUGUGGGUGGAGGUGGAGGAAACGGCAUUCUCCCGUGGAACAGGCCCGCCGCAUACCCGUUCCCGUUCGUGCCGUCCCUAAACCCGUUCAGUGGAGGAGGCGGCGGUGGUGGAGUUGGAGGUGGAGGUUGGGGUGGUUUUGGCGGUAAUGGCUUAGGCGGCGGUGGUUGGGGCGGUGGUUGGGGUGGUUAUAACCCGCUGUUCGAUUUCGACGAUUUCGGGUGGAAGAACAACAACGCACAACAAUAAUCGCUCCCAAAUAUUAUAUACAUUUAACUAUUGUAAUUAUAUAAACUAAUUUAUAAAAGCUGAUCUGUUUAAUAUUAAGAAAAUAUAAUAUUAAUAAAUAGUCAUAAGAAUGGAAUUUCUGCAUCUCGGAUAGACCUAGUAGAUAACUCAAUAGGUAGGUAAUCAGAAUUUUUUUUUUUAUAACAAUAUUUAUAGAUAUAAUAUUUUUGCUAACUCACUGUUAAAUAUAAUAUGUAAUCACUUUGUACAUUAUAUUAUAGUUAACUAACAAUAUAUAAUUAUCAUAAAUAAUUUUAAAUUUGUUAAUUGUUAGUGUAAUUUAUAAACACUUAAAGGUGUGUCAUGACUGCGGUACUUUUCUAAAACUAAUUUGUAUAUAGGUAUCUCCAAUGAAAUCGGAUGUGCUAUAUUGAUAUCAAAAUAUAAUUCAAUAUAUAUCAAUGUACCUAUGAUAAAACUGCCAGUGUUAGGUACUAGAUAAUAAUUAAUAAUAAGCUCAGAAAGUCAAAACAUAUAUAUCAUACACUCCAUAUGUUAUGUAUAAUACUUAAAACGGCUUUGGUAAAAAUUACAUCACUAAACAUGACCGUUGGUUUACACCACUUCUAAUAAGUUUUGAAAAUAUUUAAUACCAAGUUAUUCUGUGUUGCCCUUAACUACCUACCCAUUUUACUACAGGUGCCUACCUAUUUCAGUUAUUAUACAUUUAUUACUAUACACGAAUUAUUGUAUAUAAUAAUUAUAUAAAUCGUUUAAUACUAUGUAGUUACGACUUAUAGGGACAAGACAUACACACAUAAUAAUAGUAUGCAACAAAGCGUGACAACAACAACAAUAAUAACAAUAACAAUCAUAAUAUAAUGUGUUAUGGCGGUACUUACAGAAGCGUUGGCGGUGUAAUAAUUUAUAACGAUUAUCGAAUUACGCGUUUCAUCGUAUGACUGCACGAGCCUCAUCGUACAGAUAAUUCAUCUUCGUCUAAAACAAUUAAAAUCACAUUACAUUAUAUGUUCUAAUAGUAUACAAAACAAUAUAAAUAUGUAGUAAACACGAAUAUAACUACGAGAGUGGUCGUUAUGUAUACAAUCUAAGUUUUUUUGAAAAUUGUAUUGUAUGCAAAUUAUAUCGGUUCAAGAUUACGGCUAAUUGAGUUCAUACAGUUUAUAGGGUUGUUUCAUCUUUGAAUAAUUUUAAUAUCUUCCGAUAUUUAGAUUAUUUAAUGAUUAUUUUUGUUUUUAAAUGUACUGAAGAAUUGAAUUGAUCAAAUGCAACAAGAACUGCACGCCAUAUUAUUUGCAUUAUUUUAAGCAUUUAUAUUUUGGGUAAUUUUUA